AAAUAGUGAGAGACCGACCUAUAAAAGAGGAAAAUCGGUGCACGCAGGUCGUCAGUCAGUGCGGCACCUGCGGUGGGAAAAAAUUCGUGUGCAAGUGUAAAGGUUUCGUGAAAAGCUAGAUUCAAACGAAAAAGAUGUCUGUCGUGCCGAUGCUGUUCCGUGACUGGUGGGAGGAUUUCGACACUCCGCUCCGUUCCUCCCGGCUGCUCGAUCAGCACUUUGGCACCGGUCUGCGUGCGGAUGAUCUGUUCUCCUCCUUCCCGGCCCGUGCCCCGCUCUCCUCGCCAUCGCUGCUGCGCGGUGGAUACUACCGUCCGUGGCGCAACACCGCCCUCACGCGGCAAGAUUCCGGCUCGACGCUCAACCUCGACAAGGACCGGUUCCAGAUCAUCCUCGAUGUGCAGCAGUUCACGCCGGAGGAGAUCACCGUCAAAACGACCGACCGGUGCGUUGUGGUGGAGGGCAAGCACGAGGAGAAGCAGGACGAGCAUGGAUACGUUUCGCGACACUUUACACGCCGCUACAUGCUACCAAACGGCCACGAUCCGAACGAUGUCGUCUCGACUCUCUCCUCCGACGGUGUGCUGACAGUGACCGCCCCGAAAAAGUCCCUCCCAGCACCGAACCCGGAACGCAGCGUACCGAUCCAGCAGACGGGCCAGCCGGCCAAGGACAAGGCGGAGGCUCAGCCGAGCGUAGAGGGUGCUAAGUAGGCGUGCGAGAGGAUUCAAACCUGCAAGAAGAGUAUUAGCAUGUCGAUGUAUUCACCUCGGGUAGGGUGAGGAAGAUCCGAUCCGGUCUACCGGUUCCUGAACUGAUCGUACAAUAAACAAAAAAAGCUCUUUUAUAUUGAU